GACCUACUGGUCUACUGGAUAAGUUGUGAGUAGAGAGUUCACCCAGGAACAAAAUCCAGUGUUCCGAGAGCGGAGGCAUUUUGCAGCAGAAAGGCUCCGACUGUCCAACUUAGGUCACCGUAGUAGUAGUAGUCAUGGCGCAUUCAUGCGUCGCAACGUCGACUUCAUCUCUCCGAUUCAACUCUCUCCUCUUUUCAUCUAACCCUACUUCCCGUUCUGACACCCAGAAGCUCUUUCUCCCAUUCCAACCUCUUCGCCCCAGCAGGAAAUUAAGGAGUUCGGUUUCCAAGGCCAUUUACUCCGAUGGAUUUUGGGCGCCGGAGCCGAGUUCACGGCAAGGGAUUUGGUCUAUUAGGGACGAUUUAAAAGUUCCAUCUUCCCCAUACUUCCCUGCUUAUGCACAAGGAGGACAGGGUCCGCCGCCUAUGGUUCAAGAGCGUUUCCACAGUGUUAUCAGCCAGCUCUUUCAACACAGAAUAAUACGGUGCGGUGGAGCUGUUGAUGAUGACAUGGCCAACAUUAUCGUCGCCCAACUUCUAUAUCUCGAUGCUGUAGACCCCAACAAGGAUAUUGUAAUGUAUGUAAACUCUCCAGGGGGCUCAGUGACAGCUGGUAUGGCCAUAUUUGAUACCAUGAGGCAUAUUAGACCUGAUGUUUCAACUGUCUGCGUCGGACUGGCAGCUAGUAUGGGGGCUUUCCUUCUUAGCUCUGGCACCAAAGGAAAGCGAUAUAGUUUACCAAACUCAAGGAUAAUGAUCCAUCAACCUCUUGGAGGGGCUCAAGGUGGGCAGACUGAUAUAGACAUCCAGGCGAAUGAAAUGCUGCACCACAAGGCUAAUCUGAAUAGCUACCUCUCCUACCACACUGGCCAAAGCCUCGAGAAGAUCAACCAAGAUACUGAUCGCGAUUUCUUCAUGAGUGCAAAAGAAGCCAAAGAGUAUGGAUUAAUAGAUGGUGUCAUCAUGAAUCCUCUCAAAGCCCUACAACCACUAGCUGCCUCUGCUGAUCAGUGAUGGGUUCCUCGUCCAACUUCACACCUUUCUCAGAGGGAGAGUUUUGAUUAUCAGGGUGAAAAUAGUGAGUUUUUGAUAUUGUCCUUGUCCUUACAAUAGCUUGCUAAUCUUUGGUCAAAGGAUGAAAUAACAAGUUUUAAAAUCAGCUGCAUCAUUGGUGCUGUGCAUGGUCUAUCCAUUGUAAAUCUAGACAACCGUCUAUGAUCGAUCAAUAAAAUAUUUUUCCUUGCAGCAUAAAAGAAAGAAAAAGAUAA